UUUUAGGUAAUCAUUAUGUCUUCAGCAGACAAAGCAUCUGUAAAUGAUCUUCCUGUGAAUAAUCUGAAGAAAACUAUCUCUGAGCUCUUCCAGUCGGACUCAUACUCGCAAGAACAACUCGGUCGUAUCUCGAACGCCAUAGCCGUGUUUAUGGGGACCAAGUCUUCGAUUCCAUCAGAAGUAGACUCCGCGCAACCCAAUCGCGCCGCGGAUCGCGCUGAUCAGUCCAACGAGUUCUCAAUUCAAUCAGAAGUGGACUCCGCGCAACCCAAUCGCGCGCAUCGCGUUGAUCAGUCCGACGAGUCCUCACGUUCUUUAUCAUCAUUCAAAGUAGCUGCUGCGCCAUCAAAUCGCGCGCAUCACAUGGAUCUAUCCGACGAGUGUUCCAUCUCAUCGUUGCUGGCCUCUGCACACGUGAGUCGCGCACAUCGCGUUGAUCAGUCCAACGAGUCAUCUCCUUCUUCGUCAUCGAUCAAGCUGGCUGCUGCGCCACAAAAUCGCGCGCAUCACAUGCAUCAGUCCGAGGAGUCUUCUAUGUCAUCAUUGCUGGCCUCUGCGCCACUUAAUCGCGCGAGUCAUAUGGAUGUGUCCGACAAGUGCUCUCCUUCUUCGUCAUCAUUCAAACUGGCUGCUGCGCAACCCAAUCGCGCGCGUCACAUGGAUCUCUCCGACGAGUCUUCUGUUUCAUCAUUUGAACUUGCCUCUGCCCACUUGAAUCGCUCGCAACGCUUUGAUCAGUCUGACGAGUCUUCUCUCUCAUCAUUGCUGGCCUCUGCGCAACUAAAUCGCGCGAGUCAUGUGGAUAUGUCCGACGAGUCAUCUACUUCUUCGUCAUCAUUCAAACUGGCUGCUGCGCAACCCAAUCGCGCGCGUCACAUGGAUCUCUCCGACGAGUCUUCUGUUUCAUCAUUUGAACUUGCCUCUGCCCACUUGAAUCGCUCGCAACGCUUUGAUCAGUCUGACGAGUCUUCUCUCUCAUCAUUGCUGGCCUCUGCGCAACUAAAUCGCGCGAGUCAUGUGGAUAUGUCCGACGAGUCAUCUACUUCUUCGUCAUCAUUCAAACUGGCUGCUGCGCAACCCAAUCGCGCGCGUCACAUGGAUCUCUCCGACGAGUCUUCUGUUUCAUCAUUUGAACUUGCCUCUGCCCACUUGAAUCGCUCGCAACGCUUUGAUCAGUCUGACGAGUCUUCUCUCUCAUCAUUGCUGGCCUCUGCGCAACUAAAUCGCGAGAGUCAUGUGGAUAUGUCCGACGAGUCUUCAAUACCAUCAAAAAUGGACUCCGCACAACCUAAUCACAUGGAUCAGUCCAACGAGUCGUUGACGGAUACUCCUGCUUCUGUUUCCGAGCCAUUUUUCGCUCUAUCGGAAUUAAUCCUCAGUAUUUUCCUUCAACACAAUUUAUCACAAGGAUCAUCAGUGAAUCCCACAAUCUUUUUGUCCCAGAUAAUUGGUCACUUCCUUGCUUCUAAUGAGGCUCGUAAUCCCGAGGUACCCGCGAUGGCAAUUGCUAAGCUGUUCGUCACCGUUAUACGCAGAGCACUGAAUGGCUGUGAGGAUCGCCAAUGCGGACUAUCGGACUGUCGUCGUUACUCUUUUUGUUCGUCAUUCGCAUCCCAUGACAUCAUCGCCAGCGCUCACAGUGAUUAUUUUUGUCUUUUGGAACAAAGUCGCGAACCUACAACGGACCUUUGCAAGGACUGUCAUUUGCCAAUACUACUUGUGAAUUUCAACGACAAACUCCAUUCAAAACAAGGAAUCAGCAGGUUCACUGAGAAUUACGUCGGGAAUUUGCCGCCUAUGGUUCACUUCUAGGGAUUACCAGAAAAACACUGGAGACAAAUCUACGUAUGAAGCCUUUAUUCAUAUAUGUCAAUGAAGUUAUUCACGCAUUUGCUGAAGUAAUAAGUACAAUAAUAAAUGAAGUUUGAUAAUCGGUGC